AUGAAGGCCUUGAUCCUCGUGGGGGGUUACGGCACACGCCUGAGACCGCUCACUUUGAGCGUGCCCAAGCCGCUGGUUGACUUCUGCAACAAGCCCAUCUUGCUGCACCAGGUGGAGGCGUUGGUUAAGGCUGGUGUGAAACAUGUCGUUUUGGCGGUGAGCUACAUGUCGGAACUGCUGGAGCGAGAAAUGCGGGUCCAAGAACAGAGACUUGGAAUUCGUAUUUCGCUCUCACACGAGAAGGAACCUCUAGGAACGGCGGGUCCUCUGGCGCUGGCCCGCAAGCUGCUGGAUGUUGACAAUGAGCCCUUUUUCGUCCUCAACUCGGACGUCAUAUGUGACUUUCCCUUCCAAGAUAUGCUCAAGUUUCACUGCGACCACGGCAAGGAGGGCACUAUUGUGGUGACCCGCGUGGAAGAGCCGUCCAAGUAUGGCGUGGUGGUGUUCGAGGCGGAAAGCGGUAGGAUCCAUCGCUUCGUAGAGAAGCCACAGGUGUUCGUGUCCAACAAGAUCAACGCUGGCAUGUACAUCUUCAAUUCCACCAUGCUCGGUAGAAUCCAGUUGAGACCGACGUCCAUAGAGAAAGAGAUUUUCCCUAUCAUGGCUGAAGAAGGACAGUUGUACGCUAUGGAGCUGCAGGGUUUCUGGAUGGACAUUGGGCAACCCAAAGACUUCCUUACGGGAAUGUGCAUGUACCUGCAGUCGCUACGUCAACACGCACCUGAAAGGCUACACACCGGGCCUGGUUUCCUUGGCAACGUUUUAGUGGACCCGACGGCUCAGAUUGGCAAGAACUGCACCAUCGGGCCCAAUGUAACCAUCGGUGCUGGCGUGGUGGUGGAGGACGGCGUACGGGUCAAGCGCUGCACGGUUCUGAAGGGGGCCCGGGUACGCUCGCAUUCUUGGCUUGAGAGCUGUAUCGUCGGAUGGAGUUCCUCUGUGGGGCAGUGGGUCCGCAUGGAGAACGUGACGGUCCUGGGUGAGGACGUGCUGGUCAAUGACGAGCUCUACCUGAACGGUGCCAAUGUCCUGCCGCAUAAGUCCAUCAGCGAGUCAGUCCCUGAACCGCGCAUCAUCAUGUAA